UGUUUCUUUUCAGAUGUCAGUGUUUCAAUAUUAAACAAUUGAUAAUUAUGAAUAACGUGGUUUGGACAUGGUGCUGUGUGUUUGCAAUAUUCAUUAAGAGAAUACUCUUGAGUAAACAGGAAAAUUGACACAAAAUUGGACUUUUUUACAAUUAUAGCAAUCUGUCAUGGCCAAGUUGGAGGUGGAGUCUGGCUUUGUCGGAGAUAAAUACAGAUCCUUCAUAUAUGAUGAAGCUGACACAACUCUUUGGAGACACGGUGGCCCACCAGUCUACACCGAUGUCAACAAGCUUUUUGAAGAAGGUCGCACCAAGGAGUGGCCCAAAGGAUCACUUGAAGAGACAGUGCAGAACGCGAUAAAAUCAUGGGAGAUGGAACUUUCGCAUAAAACUCGCUUGAAAGAUUUUAGGACGAUAAAUCCGGAGAAGUUCAAGCUUUUUGUUAACGGAAGAAAGGGCUUGUCUGGGGAGGAGACUCUACGUGUUGGAAGUUAUAAUGCGCUGCUUGCGAACUCUCUGCCGAAGGAACUGAAGUAUUACAAAGCUGACGAAGAAACAUUUGAAUCAUCUCACGAGGCGUUCAGAUCAGCUUUCCCGCGUGGAUUUGCAUGGGAGGUGAUCCAAGUUUAUAGCGGACCACCUGAAAUCGCUUUUAAAUUUAGACACUGGGGUUUCUUUGAAGGUCCUUUCAAAGGACAUGCUCCGUCAAAAAAAAUGGUCGAAUUCUACGGUUUAGGAACCCUCAAGGUUGACGGUUCUCUGAAAGUGGAAGAAGCAGAGAUUUACUACGAUCCAGCGGAAUUAAUGGGAGACCUUCUCUCGGGACCGAAAUUUGAAGAUGACACCAAAUCUUCAGAGCGUCCUCAAGGAUGUCCACUCUCCAAAUGAUUCCGAUUUAAAGAACUAAUUUUACUUUUCCUGUGAUCUAAUGGUAAAUUGAGAACCUAACUUCUAAGUUAUUCACUAUAGAAAAGUAUUUCGUCCACCAAGAAAGAAUUGCCGCGCAUGACGAUGCCAUUCUAUUUGUAUGCUUGAAACGUAAUCAGAUUUUAUAUUUUACUUAGUUCCUGUCUGCUCGUAGCUAUUUUUGCACCAAUGCGCGAUGUUGUAACAGCAAUGUUUUGCGAAAUCCGGGUGUUAAUACGGGUAUUUUAUAUCACUGAAGAAAAAAUGAAGUUGAUGUCACAUUCUGGAUGUAAAAAAAGUGUGCGACAACUUAUAGUACGCUGAAUUACCCUUUGCAGCAGUUACUUUAGGAAUGCCAAGAUGUAAAACUAACUGCUGUGGCAGGUAAUUUAGUAUUUUAUAAGUUCUACGCACUUUUUCUACAACCAGAAUGGUAAACCAACUGAACUUUUUUUCGGUGUAAGACAGAAGUUCCUAAAUCCAUAAAAAAGUUUUCGGAAAAAAUUAAUUACAAUUAUAUGAAUUCAAAAAGGUGCUUUUGUAUUCUUUUUUUGUAUUCUUAUUUUUUGUUCCACUUUUCAAAUAGCGACUUUCUGCACGUUCGUAUUAUAAUAUUGUAAGCACAUGAAUGAAUAAUAUUAUGAUUUACUAUAAACUGAAGUUAUUUGAAAAUUAUUGCGGUCUUCUCGUGACAGGCUUUAUUUGAUCGAUAAACAAGAGUUUCGAGGGCUAAGAAACCGAAUAGAAGGCUGCAUUUACCGAUCGUUGAAAUUUUGUGAAAAAUACUUGACUCGUUAUCAUCAGUUGGGUCAGAUUUUAUUUUUACUCGUUAAUUUUGCUAAAAUAAUUGCUUUCCUUUAAUACAUUUCUGUUUUUUUUU